GGGCGGGAUGGGAGUUGUAGUCCCUGCGCUGCGGACCCCGCCCCCCCCCAGGCAUGCAGGCACCGGCGGCCGCGGAGCGCAACAAGGGCCCGAUCCUGGCGGUGCUGCGGGAGUACGCGGGGCCCGGCCCGCUGCGGGUGCUGGAGGUGGGGUCGGGCGCGGGGCUCCACGCCGCGCACUUCGCGCGGGCGCUGCCGCGGAGCCGCUGGCAGCCCUCCGACAUCGACCCGCGGGCGCUGCGCAGCAUCGCUGCCUAUGCCGAGGCCAUGCAGGUGCCCAACGUGCUGCCCCCCAUCCUGCUGGACGUCUCGCAGGGCUGGGAGGCCUGGGGGGGCAACCAACCCGCCAGCCUCGACCUCCUCGUCAGCAUCAACAUGAUGCACAUCGCGGAGCUGCGCUGCACCGAGGGCCUGUUCAAGGGUGCUGGGGUGCUGCUGAAGCCUGGAGGGGUGCUCUUCACCUAUGGGCCCUACGCUGUGGAUGGUCGGAUCAGCCCCCAGAGCAAUGUGGACUUUGACCACAGCCUGAGGCAGAGCAAUCCCGCCUGGGGCCUUCGGGACACGGCGCUGCUGCGGCAGCUGGCUGAGGCCAACGGGCUGCGCCUGGAGAGGAUGGUGGACAUGCCUGCCAACAACAAGAGUCUCAUCUUCCGCAAGCAGUGACCUGCCCCAUCAGCACCUCCCGGCACAGCUACCCCACCUCGAGGGGUCACACAGUCCCUGUGCUGGUGCCAGCUGGGGCUGGGGACAGCAGAGACAGGACGGUGCCCCACUCACCCAGCUGGGGUUGGGGGGGGCCCAUCUCCCCCAGCCCCUUUGGGGCUCCCUUUACCUGCUCCGGAGAAGCCACUGCAGUUGCCAUGGGGGGGGCACAGGUAU